CGGAGGGACACGGGAAGAGGAAACAGCAGGGGGGGGGGGGGGUCCACCGGCGCUUAGUGCGAACGAGAGGAGGGCUGGAGUGGCGACGGCGACUGGAGCAGCAGUGGCACCAGUAGCAGCGGCACCAUGGCGCAAGCCGCCAAGCAGCUCCGCAAGACCAAGGACCUCGCGGAGGCCGCCGCCCAGGAGCAGAGGGAGAAGGAGGAGGAGAAGUUAAAAAAAAGGAAUCGAUCCAGGGACCGCAGGCGCAAGGCGGAUGCAGCCACCAGUUUCUUGCGCGCGGCUCGUUCAGGGAACCUGGACAAAGCUCUGGAUCACAUCAAGAAUGGGAUCGACAUCAACACAGCCAAUCAGAAUGGACUCAACGGGUUACACCUGGCCUCUAAAGAAGGUCACGUCAAAAUGGUCUUGGAGCUUUUACAUGCCGGCAUCGAGUUGGAAGCAACCACUAAGAAAGGGAACACUGCUCUCCAUAUCGCAGCGCUGGCGGGGCAGGAGAAAGUGGUGGCUGAGCUCGUCAACUAUGGCGCCAACGUUAAUGCCCAGUCACACAAAGGAUUCAGUCCUCUGUACAUGGCAGCGCAGGAGAACCAUUUAGAAGUGGUCAAGUUCCUGCUGGAGAAUGGCGCCAACCAGAGUCUGCCAACUGAGGAUGGCUUCACCCCCCUUGCAGUGGCGCUCCAACAGGGCCACGAGAACGUCGUGGCUCUGCUCAUCAACUACGGCACCAAAGGCAAGGUGCGCCUCCCCGCGCUUCACAUCGCCGCACGAAACGACGACACGCGCACCGCUGCAGUCCUGCUGCAGAACGACCCCAACCCUGACGUACUCAGCAAGACCGGCUUCACACCUCUCCAUAUUGCAGCUCACUAUGAAAAUAUGAGUGUAGCUCAGCUGCUGCUGAACAGAGGCGCCAAUGUAAACUUCACCCCCAAGAAUGGCAUCACACCCCUUCACAUAGCCUCCAGGAGGGGCAACGUGAUGAUGGUCAGACUACUGCUGGACAGAGGAGCACAAAUUGAUGCCAAAACAAAGGAUGAGCUGACUCCUCUUCACUGUGCAGCCAGGAACGGUCACGUUCGCAUUAUUGAGAUCCUGCUCGAACACGGGGCUCCCAUCCAGGCCAAAACAAAGAACGGACUGUCCCCCAUCCACAUGGCAGCUCAGGGGGAUCACAUGGACUGCGUUCGGCAGCUACUGCAAUACAACGCUGAGAUCGAUGAUAUCACUCUGGAUCAUUUAACCCCUCUUCAUGUAGCAGCCCACUGCGGUCACCACCGCAUGGCCAAAGUUCUACUGGACAAGGGGGCCAAAGCUAAUGCACGGGCUCUGAAUGGCUUCACACCUCUACAUAUUGCUUGCAAGAAAAACCACAUGCGGUCCAUGGACCUGCUGCUCAAGCACUCUGCUUCCCUAGAAGCUGUCACAGAGUCCGGCCUCACUCCUCUUCAUGUAGCAUCCUUCAUGGGCCAUCUGAACAUCGUGAAGAACCUGCUCCAAAGAGGGGCUUCCCCUAAUGCUUCCAAUGUGAAAGUGGAGACUCCUCUCCACAUGGCCUCCAGAGCAGGACACUGUGAGGUCGCUCAGUUCUUGCUACAGAACGCAGCACAAGUGGAUGCCAAGGCUAAGGAUGACCAGACGCCCCUACACUGUGCCGCCCGCAUGGGCCACAAGGAGCUUGUCAAGCUGCUCCUGGAGCACAAGGCCAACCCCGACUCGGCCACAACCGCGGGUCACACACCGCUACACAUCGCAGCGCGUGAAGGACACGUCCACACCAUCCGGAUACUGCUGGAUGCUGGAGCACAACAAAUAAAGAUGACAAAGAAAGGCUUCACUCCCCUCCACGUGGCCUCUAAAUAUGGAAAGGUGGAUGUAGCAGAACUCCUUCUGGAGAGAGGAGCUAACCCAAAUGCAGCCGGGAAGAACGGUCUGACACCCCUUCAUGUGGCCGUCCAUCACAACAACCUGGAUGUUGUUAAACUCCUGGUCAGCAAGGGAGGAUCUGCACACAGCACUGCCCGAAACGGCUACACUCCCCUCCACAUAGCAGCCAAGCAGAACCAGAUGGAGGUGGCCAGUUGUCUGCUUCAGAAUGGGGCAUCGCCCAAUUCUGAGUCCCUCCAAGGCAUCACGCCUCUGCACCUGGCUUCACAGGAGGGCCGGCCAGACAUGGUGGCCCUCCUCAUCUCCAAGCAGGCCAACGUGAAUCUAGGAAACAAGAAUGGACUGACCCCUCUGCAUCUCGUGGCUCAGGAGGGCCACGUCGGCAUUGCAGACACGUUAGUCAAACAGGGGGCCUCCGUUUACGCUGCUUCCAGGAUGGGCUACACACCCCUUCAUGUGGCUUGUCACUAUGGCAACAUCAAAAUGGUGAAGUUCCUUCUGCAGCAGCAAGCUCAUGUGAACAGCAAGACGAGGAUGGGCUACACGCCUCUGCACCAGGCGGCUCAGCAGGGCCACACCGAUAUCGUCACCCUGCUGUUGAAACAUGGAGCUCUGCCCAAUGAGAUUACCACGAACGGGACAUCUCCCCUGGGCAUCGCCAAGCGGCUGGGUUACAUCUCUGUCAUCGACGUGCUGAAGCUGGUUACCGAGGAGUCCGUCUCUGCGAUCACCACCGAGAAACACCGGAUGAGUUUUCCCGAGACGGUAGAUGAGAUACUGGACGUUUCGGAGGAUGAAGGGGUUGCCCAGCUAACGUUAGGAGACGAGUUGCUCGGCAUGGACGGGGCUCGCUAUUUGAAGUUGGACGACUUCAAGGAUCAAGACGACGACUUCCUCUCGCCAAAGAAGACGCUCAGAGACUUUGAGGGCGGCAUGGGCACCACGCCGUAUUCACCUGCUAUUCCCAGGAUCCCCUGUGUCUCACCAGAGACAGUCCUUCUGGAUCAGCACACUCCCAUCCCUUUGCCAAAAGAGUACGAUGAGGAUUCCCUCAUCCCGAGCAGUCCGGCCACAGAAACCUCCGACAACGUCAGCCCUGUCGCCAGCCCUAUUCACACCGGCUUCCUGGUGAGUUUCAUGGUGGACGCCCGAGGAGGCUCGAUGCGGGGCAGCAGGCACCACGGCCUGCGGGUCAUCAUCCCCCCUCGAACCUGCGCCGCGCCCACGCGCAUCACCUGCCGCCUCGUCAAGCCCCAGAAGCUGACCACGCCCCCGCCGCUGGUGGAGGGGGAGGGUCUGGCCAGCAGGAUCAUCUCGCUGGGACCGUCCAGUAUGCAGUUCCUUGGGCCUGUGAUAGUGGAAAUCCCUCACUUUGCCUCACUGGGCCGAGGGGAUCGGGAGCUGGUGGUCCUCCGCAGUGAGAACGGCUCGGUCUGGAAGGAGCAUCGCAAUCGCUAUGGCGACGAAGUGCUGGAAACUAUUUUGAAUGGCAUGGAUGAAGACUUGGAGAGUCAAGAGGAGCUGGAGAAGAAGCGAAUCCGCCGGAUUAUUUCCACCGACUUCCCCCUCUACUUCGCCGUCGUCUCCCGCAUUCAGCAGGAGAGCGAUCUGAUUGGUCCAGAGGGCGGCAGGCUGACCAGCAAGCUGGUGCCGCACGUUGAGGCCAUCUUCCCCGAGACGGCCGUCACCAAAAGAGUGAGGCUCGGUCUGCAGGCGCAGCCGAUUCCUGAUGAGCUGCUGACUCGGCAGCUUGGCAAUCAGGCGACCUUCAGCCCAGUGGUUACCAUCGAGCCACGCCGACGCAAAUUCCACCGCCCAAUCGGAUUGCGCAUCCCUUUACCGCCGUCCUGGAGGGAGAGUCCCCGUGACGCUGGCGAGGGCGACACCACCAGCUUGCGCCUCCUCUGCAGCGUCAUUGGUGGAACGGCACCAGCUCAGUGGGAGGACAUCACUGGGACCACCAAGCUCAUGUACGCUAAUAACUGUGCCAAUUUUACCACCAAUGUCUCCGCAAGAUUCUGGUUGGCAGACUGUCCGCGUACAGCAGAAGCAGUCACCUUUGCCAAUCUGCUGUACCGGGAGCUGAUGGCCGUUCCGUACAUGGCCAAAUUCGUUAUCUUCGCCAAGAUGAAUGAGGCGCGUGAGGGACGCUUGCGUUGUUACUGCAUGACAGACGACAAGAUGGACAAAACUCUGGAGCUGCAUGAAAACUUCACUGAAGUGGCACGCAGUCGAGACAUUGAGCUAAUGGAGGGCAUGCCGCUGCACCUGGAGUGCUCCGGGAACCUGGUGCCCAUCCGGAAGGCCACUCAGCAGCCCCGCAGCUUCAGCUUCCAGGCCUUCAGAGACAACAGACUGCCCGUCUCCGUUAAGGUCAGAGAUAGUAACAAAGACGCCACCGGGUUUUUGUCCUUUCUGCGGAAGUGCACCAAAUACGAAGACACACAGCACGUACUGUGUAACCUGAACAUAGCCAUGCCACCUUGUGUCAAGGUUGUUGGCAGUGAGGAGCGCAGGCGAACUUUAACCCCCCUGGCCCUGAGAGAGCGCUACAGCGCAUUGAACGAGCCCGGUCUGGCAACAGUGAAUGCAAUGGAGAGGACUGAGAUCAAGAUCAACAUCAUAUCUGAACAGCUGGGUUUGAGCUGGGCAGAGUUGGCACGUGAGCUUCAGUUUGGUGUGGACGACAUCAAUAGGAUCCGAGUGGAGAAUCCAAACUCCCUGCUGGACCAGAGCUCAGCCCUGCUCAACUUGUGGGCCAGCAGAGAAGGCAAAAGGGCCAAGAUGGAGAGCCUGUACACUGCUCUGAAGAACAUCGAUCGCACAGACAUUGUGACCUCUCUGGAGGGUCAGGCCCCACAGCCGGGACCCGGCUUAAUGGAGGAGGGCGCCUGCCGACUCAGUGACCGCGACUCCACGUUGCUGUCCCCGAGUGUCAUUAAUGAGAUCACGGACACAAGGCUAUCGCGCCUAGUGCACAAGCCGCGAGUUAUUAGACCCCCGUUUUUCAGAAGGGGUUACGGGCUGGUGCAGGAGGAGCUCCUAUCCCCGGCCUCCAUGCAGUACAGCCUGCCUUCGCCGCUGGGCGUGGAGCCGUACUGGCAGGAAGUCUCCAGCCUGGAGUGCGCGCCCAUCGCCACCACCGAGGAGGACACGCUGAUGGAGAUGUCGGACGUCCAGGUGUGGCCGGCGGGGGUCAGCCCCUCGCUGGUCACGGUGGAGGACUCGUCGCUGGAGGGCAGCAGCCGGGCGGACGACUCGGAGGGCGCCACGCUGUCCCUACCCUACAGCCUGGGACGUCCGAGCAGCGGCGCCAGCGGGGCGAGCGGCUCCAUCAUGGAGCUGGAGGAAGAGGAGGAGGAGGAGGAGGAGGAAGGGGAGGUUGAGGAGGAGGAGGCGCCACAGGAGCCGGCGAGUUUGCUGGCGGAGAGGGACAGGGUGAGGGCCAGCGGCGCCGUUCCCAAGGUCAAUCUGAAUGGCCAGCUGGGAGGUCAGAGGUCGGACUCGAGGAGAGGGGAUGCCGCAGCGGGAGGAGGAGGAGGAGGAGGAGCGAGAGGAGGAGGCGGAGGUGUCGGGCUGGGCUCAGUGGAAGGGGUUUCUGUUGUUGCAGGCCAACAGGUGUUCGCCCAGCGGAUCGAGGUGACGGGCCUGAGUCGAUCUUCAGAGCACAACGGAGACAACCGGGUGGUGGGAGGCGGAGCAUUUCAACCUUACUUGCCAGAUAAGGACUCCCUGCAGAGCUGGGUGGGCUCGGUGUCAUCGGGACGCGACGGCGCCAUGCAGGGCCUGCACGUGGCCCAGGAGGCUCUGCUGACUCCGGUGUGUGACACGGGUUACUCUCAUGUGCUGCGUGGGCGCUUCCUGCAGGGCACGCAGCCCUUUGACAAGGGGCUAGGCUUCUCUCAUCAGCAGGCAGGCCAGCGAGCUUGGGAGCAGGAGCAGAGGCGGGGCCAGAGAGAAGAGAAGGAGGGCUACGCUGCUGAGGCUCAGUUUGUGGAAGAGCACGGAAACGCCCUGGCGAGAAAGGACCGGAAAGCCACUGCCAAAUCAUCAUCCUCCACGAAACCACGACCCGACCGCCGAGGAAAAUGAGCAGAGAAGAGAAGAGAACAGGCAAAAGGAUUGAAAAACAAAACAAAACCCAAAAACUAUGAAAUGACGAACAGAAUCAUCCUCAACCUGCAACCCUGGAACAUCCCACGAAGCAAAAGGAGAGCAGAUAAAAAAAAAACAAGAAAAAGAGGAGAUCAACUUGUAGUUUUAUAACAUUUGUAAAGAAAAGUAUCAGUUAGACUAAGGCAUGAAAACAUUUUUUAUAUUAAAAAAAAAACAAUAACAAAAAUCUAAAUGUUAGUAAAACAACCAAGAAAAAAAAAAAGCAACAAAGUGCUUCCUGUGAACUGUAAUCGCAUGAUGACCGCUGGUGCAUGCCCUUUGACCUUUUGAACUGUCAUUAUCUACGAACUGAAGGUGUACAAGGUUCGGGGUCCGGCCCACGCUUUGGCCGCAGGCCUUUCUGAGGACCUCAUCCCCCCCUCGAAUGGAGUGGUUUGUGUCUGCAAGUUGAGUUCAGUAACACUACAGCCAAAAAAAAA